AUGGGCGACGAAGUGCUGGACUCGGUGAAGAAAUGCGUUGGCGUCAUAAAAGGCGCUAAGACGGACACGGAGAAGUUCGCAGCGCUGUUCAUGGUCACCAAGACCGUGAAGGCCGAGAAAUGCAACCCUCGCUCCAAACUCGCCCUGUUCGAGGCCAUCGAGUUCAAGUUCAUCAAACGUCUGUUGCUCAGCGACGAAGUGCCGGCCGGCUGUCCGCCGUUUGUCUACAAGUCUGUGGCGAUGAGCAUACUCACGGCGCUGUGCAGCGUCCAAGAGGUGGCCACGCAUCAAGAAAUAUUGCAGAACGUCGACGUGUUCCUAGACAUCGUGCUCAGCGAGGGUGACGAAGACGAAGACGAAGCGGACGAGGACAACCUCAUGCUGGUCAAUGAAGCUUACAAGUGUUUGAAUUAUAUCGUCACGUUUGAACAGGGCUUGAAAGCACUAUUUGAUGUCGACACAGUGGGCAAAAUGUGUAAGGUGUAUUCACAAAAAAGUUUUCAGACAGACGAAGCAUUAUCGCUGCUCGUCACCAUCGUUGAGAAGUUUGGUCCACCUUCCUGGGAAAAUAAUGUCGAAAACUUUAACACACUGAUGAACAUCUUAGCAGUAGAUUUUGAAACCGAUCACAGUGACCGAAAAUUUAAAUUAUGUUCAAUACUUUCACCUUUAUUAGGCAAUUGCCCAGUAGAAAUUGUACAAAACACUUGCGAUAAUGAAAUAUGGCCAACAAAAUUAUUCUUAGGACUGCGAGACAUAUUGACUAGUAAGCUUGUUAAAGCACAACGAGAUCCAGCAAUCAAGUUAGCAUCGCAAAUGCUUACUACAUUUGGUGCCGAAUGGUCACUACAAGAUGAAGCAAAACCAAAAGCAUUUUUCUUGAUGUUAAUACAUUUGGCUUCGAUUGAAAUUCGUAUGCAUUUGGAAGAUAAAAAAUUAGAACAGGUAUUGGUUGCAGAAAAUUUACUUGGUUCAUGUUUCACAAUUCUAGAAAUAUCAAUUGCGUUUAUAUCAGCAGACACUUUAGAUUUAGAACAAAAAGAAAAACAACAAACAUAUACAGCACUAAAAGGAGCAUUUUCUGCUGUAUUAAACGUACUAAAAACAUUGUCUGUAUCUAAGAAACCCUUAGAAACCAAAGAGAAGUGUUUUGUAUGUUUGAUGCUCAUGUCACUCUCUGCGUGGUUAACACAAGAAACAUCUGCAAUGAAACCUGCCGUGAACAAUAUCUUGCCAUUUGCCUUACAGAUGGCCAAUGAAUCAUUCUUUGCAUAUCGUGCACGUUACAUAUCAGAAAAUGUCAAAUCUGAAGAUAAGCCACUAACAUAUGAUCCUUUGAGUUCCGUGGACGUAUUGAGAGCAUUUUUACCAGCUUUAUGUCACAUAACAGUGGAUGACAAGGGCCGCGCUGUAUUAUUAAAAAUUAAACAAGAAGAGGUAUUACAAGAAUGCUUAGCAUUUCAUUGGUCAAUUGCACAUUAUAAAAAACCAUUAAUACCAAAAUCUGAAAGAAGUAAACCCAGAGGACCAGAUCCCGAAAUACCAGCCAAACGUCUAAAACAGAUGGCCGAUUCUAGAGGAGCAAUUAUUAGUAUAUGUAAUACAUUCAUGAAUAUCUGUGUACUAGAAGUAGAUCAUGUAAAAAACAGUCCAUUGUUUUUUACCCUUAUGAAAUUUGUGUUUGAUAAUCUACCCGAAUUAAAAAACAAUCAUGAGAACCUCGUUGUGUAUGGCAACAUGGCUGUCUUAGGUUUAUUGCUGCUGAAAUUGAAGACUGCCUACAUUAAGAAAAACGACUUCUCUAUUUGCCGUUACAUACAGGCAACAAUUCGAUUUUUGUGGGAUGCGUACACAGUCGAUGAGAAUAGUAACAAUUCACGAUUUGCAUUAGGUCAGUUGGUUGUGACUAUGACUUAUAAAGAAUCAUGGAUUGAGUUGCAAGAGUUAUGGUUUUUGGGCAUGCAAAACCUUAGUGGCAUCUUAACUCUUGUUCCGUGGAUAUCAGAAUUUGCAAUCGAAAGUGGUUGGGCAGAAGGCAUUAUAGACAUGUUGGUGAAAAUUAAACCAGGCUCACUUCCAACCAAUGUAAAAUAUGCUUAUGAAGAUUUACUGUGUCGCCUUAUUGAUGCAAACAGUGAUUUGAUAGCCACGCUCAAGAAAAAAGACGCUAUAACAGCAUGCCGGGGUCAUAAAUUCAUGGAAUUGGGUAAAAAACUAUUUGGAGAAUAA